CGUAGCAUUACCGCAGGCUGCCCAACGGUCGGAAACACGAAUUUCUUUAAGCGUCCACCCCCCGCCGGUGGCUGCAGCAAUUUCGCACGUUGGCGUCUUCCCUCGUGCAACGUGUGUCUCUGGUCGCCCCGAUCGCGACAGCCAAGUGCGUCCCCUCUCCUUCAAUGCUGACCUGUGCCGCAGGCUGCCUUUGUUGCUGCUUGCGGCUGUACUGCUGCUUGCCGUUGUCGUCUUUCAUAUCUGCAUCCUCGGUUGCGUCCCUGGGAGGAAACAGAGGCGGCGAACGACGAAGGCGACCGGGAAGAUGGAGAAGGUGCAGACGAAGAGGACGAUGUCCGUAGGGGCUGGCGGGUCGUCACGUCAGCGUUGCAGCUCUGCGGAAGGCGACAGGCGCCCGAACGACCUGACGCUGUACAGCCACCUGCCGUCCCACGAGAUUCCAUUGCCUCCGAGUGACGACGACAGCGACGAGCCCCGAUCAUCAACGGUUCCUCUAGGCAGCGGUUCGACAAAGGAUUGGAUGGGGAGCCAGCUGUACAGACAGCCCUCGACGCCGACGUGCACUGAUCUGCUGGAGGGGCGGACCUCGGUUGGUUAUUACGGAGGGCUCGUAGAUCUCAACUUCGGUUUGAGGUCUGGGAGUGGCCAGGACGUCACGCACACCAUUCUCGUGAACCCGGGUUCUGCCAGCAACCACACAGCGCCUUCGGUGGGGCCGUGUGGCCUUCCUGACACCCGUGGUCGGGAUUCUGGUCAGUCGGGCGACGAACAUGGACUCGUUUCGCGAGGGCGGGCGGCAAUGGGCACAGCAGGUGUUCGCGCGGAGGGGACGAGGACACGUGGAUCAACAACGGCAGGCGGCGCAGCCCAGAGAGGAGGGGAUGGCGCUGACGGCUACGCUGCGGACGUCGCGGGGCGAGAGGUUUGGGAUGAUUACCGGCGACAAUCGCGUCAAUCUAGCACGUCCGCCAUAACGAGAGGGGUGGUGAAGAUCAAUGUACGGGCGGACGACACACCCGGCGAUUGCGACCGUGCGGGUGGUGAAGAUUGCUCGGCAGGCGACGGGGGCAAUGACAACGACGACGACGACGGCGGGGAGAUGAAGAUUCGUCCGCUGGGGAAGAAACGGGGAGGGCCUAGGGCGACGAGCAAGUCCAGCGAGCCGCGCGCGGGGUGGAGAGGCAAGAAGACUGCGGGAGAUGGGUCGGCAGGCGACGGAGCGAAAAGCAGGGCUUUCUGGACCGUGGAACACAUGAUUGCUCUUGCCGACGACUGCGGGAAAAAAUGGGACAACCUGUACAUGCAGUUCAAAAUUGUGCACAAGUUCAUGGGAGAAUCGGGGAAGCCUGAUUUCUUCACACUGGCGCUGCGGGAGAGAAAGGAGCGGGGGUUCAAUUUUCGGAUGGACGAGCGUGUGUAUUCGAAGAUGAUGGCCAUGUUCAAGGGCGAUCACACUAUACACCCCACGAAUCUGGCGGACACGAGUGCGGCGGGAGGUGUUCAACUGCCAGGCCGGAUUGGAGGUCGGAACGAUUCAGGUGGUAGUAACGGAUGCGGGGAUGGGCAGGACGACGAUCAGGGAUCGACGCGAAAUUCAAGUUUCAGCGACGGUGCUGUGGGCGGGUGCGGCAAAAGGAAGAAUGUGAGACAACAGACCUUCGACACGAUUGCGGACGUCAUGAAGGACCACCGGAUCCCCCCUCACGUGCCGCAAGCACGUGCUCUUUUUUAUAUGGCCAUCAUCGUCACGGCUCCUGCCCACCACGACUGCGCAUCAUCCACGUGCUCCUUCGUCGACAUGGCCGUCGUUGAUCUCCAAGCGUCGUACUUGGACGUGCUCCUUCGUCCACGUGUUCGUCGUUGCCGAGUUGCGGACGACAUGGCCCCGAGGAACGCAUCAGCGAAGGCCAGGCAAAAUAGCGGGGCGGGCGACGAGGGGGAAACCAAGAGAGGCAGAGGGCACAUCCCUAAGCCGAAAAGGCAGCGCGUUGAAGAGUUGAGCUCCGAGCACACUGCAGACUUCCAUCCAAAAGAAGUGGUGAUGGUGGACGCGCAAGGUACUUCAGCGGCGCCGCGAUUGGGUUUCGGGCGGGAUGGGUUGACGAGGGAACAGGUGUCCGCUGUCAAGCAGAGCAUUGUUGUUGGUGCUGCUGGGGCGUCGCAAAGGACCCCGAAGGCGGCAGGGGUUGUCAUAACGGAGGUGCGCGUCCCGAGGCAACUUCUCGCGGCGACGGGGCAGGGCCAGCCACGUCAGGCACGUCCACUGCAACAGCUGGGGGCUUCAGGGGGGGGAAAGCAUAGCCUGUGCAAAAGGGCGAUGCAACGGCGAUCGGCACUCGGACGGCGGCGGCGGAUCGCAGUGGUAGAACCAGAGUCGCCGAAGGGACCGGGGAAACCCUUGAGGGAGGCGGUUGGCGAGUGCGCGGACUACUUCAUCGCAAUCGCCAACGGAGACGCGGGAGCUGAACCGCCUGCGAUGCUCAUACUGCCGCCGAACGACGUGCCGCGCUUCAAGAUCGACGACCCUGCGCAGCGUGAACCGGCUCUGCGCAGAGCGCGCAACGUCGAGAAACUGGUGUUGCGCGCCAUCCACGGCUGGAUCUUCAAAUCGUCGUCGCGGUCGGCUGGAUUCGCUUGUGCAGAGUCGUACAUCAGUGUCGACAUUGCCACAGACGUCGCACGAGCAGUUUGGCAGGGGCAGGAAUGGUCGAUUGUGGUGUCCCGUGCACUCGUGUACCACACCCUGGCGCUGAAGAUGGACGUGCCUCUGUGGUUCGCGGGGGUGAAGAUUGAGGCGGCAGUAUGAGCAUCGCGGGGGUGAAGAUUGUGGCAGCCCGAGGACGACGACAUGGCGGCGCGGCAGGAGGCGACAAUUCUUUGCAUCG